UGAUAAUUCAUAGCAUACCCAGUAUUUUUAAUGAAGAUUGCAAUCGUCAUACUUGAGCUGACCACUCAGCCAUUCACAAAGAGAGGUUUGCAAAGAAACAAUCAGCAAAAAUGCAUCAAUGGGUUUUUGUAACUAUUGUCAGUGUUACCCUCAUCUGCACUGUAACUUUCCUCAUAAUCUACACUCCCUUCUACGUCGUUCAACAUGAACCGUCUGACCCUUAUGCUGUCGCGAGAAGGGUGUUGAAAACUGCACCGUUGGUCGAUGGGCACAAUGGCUUCCCAAACAAUUUACAUCGAAUUUUGGAAAACAGAAUCCAGAAUACGGAUUUUCGACAAAAUUUAACAGAAGACCCGAUUUGGGGAAUGAAAUCUUGUCCCACCUGCCACUCGGACAUUGUCCGACUAAAAGAAGGAAUUAUGGGAACUCAAUUAUGGGCUGUUGGCUGCAACUGUGAAACAGAAUUCAAAGAUGCAGUGGAGCAAACAAUGGAACAAAUUGACGUUAUGUACAGAUUUAUUGACAUGUACCCUGACGUUUUUCAAUACGCUGGAUCAGCUGCCGACAUUGAAUAUGCACGAUAUGAUGGAAAAAUUGGAGCUAUGUUUCGGAUUGAGGGUGGCCAUACAAUUGACAACAGACUCUCAGUUUUGAGGAAUUACUACAAACUUGGAGUGAGAGCUAUGACACUUUCUUUCGACUGCAACACGCCAUGGGUUGAAUCGUCUGGAAUAAAUGAAGAGGUAAAAGCCGAUCCUGAUAAAAAUUCGACGGGUCUAUCUGACUUUGGACUGCUAGUUAUAGAGGAAAUGAACCGACUAGGCAUGAUAAUUGACCUCACGCACUCAUCCUUGCAAACGCAAAUGGACGUUUUCAACCACUCAAGGGCACCCGUCAUUUUUUCGCAUUCGAACGCGUACGCCUUGUGUGACAACCAUCGCAAUGUGCGCGACGAAGUUUUGCACUUGGUCAGAGACCACGGCGGCCUGGUGAUGGUCAACUUUGACGCGUCCUCCGUCAACUGCUCGGAGGAAGCGACCAUCGCCGAGGUUGCAGAUCAAAUCAAUCACAUCCGAAAUGUGAGCGGCGUCGAUCACGUGGGCAUCGGCAGCCUUUUCGACACAACCAACCGGACCGUUACUGGCUUGGAAGACGUAUCAAAGUUUAUUGAGCUCUUUGCUUACCUGGCUGAUGAAUCUGACGAGAAUUAUCCUGAAUGGACAGAAAUCGAACUGCAAAAACUGGCUGGAAGAAACUUUCUGAACGUAUUCAAAGCUGUGGAAGCUGUAAGUGCAAAAAUGAGGGGAGAAGGCAAGUUGCCUGUUGAGGAGUGGAUUGCAGUUGAGGACCUGACAAAUCACACCGAGUGUAUCACACUCAUGGACGAAUUGUGACAAACUUCAUUUUUCUCCGCAUCUCCUACUAGAUUAAUUGUAAUUGAAUAUACCAUUUUCCGCGGGCUGUGCUGUAAUCAGAUUUGUAACAUAAUAAAAGAGUGCACCAUCAUCCAAGGGCGAUCGAUUUGCCCGCAUCAUUUUCACGCA